AUGUCAAAUGCUUUGUUGUCCACGGCUAUGAACCACAACAUAAUCAUUGAACAAAAAUUUCUCGAGGUUGGGCAUACUCAAAUGGAGGCUGAUACUAUGCAUUCCACUAUCGAACGAGUACUUAAGAACAAAGACAUCAAUGUUCCUGCAGAAUAUGUUGGAGUAUGUAGGUCUGGUAGAAAAAAACCAAAACCUUGUGACGUAACCUACCUUGGUCAUAAGUAUUUCAAAAAUUUUAACGACAGUGACCCUAAAGUGACUAAUAUACGAGCUCUGCGCUACACACCAAGUGGUGAAAUAUAUUUCAAAUUGAGAUUCCCUGAUGAAUGGCAAACAAUUCCGCAAAGAAAAUCGUCGAAUGUUGUUCCGUUGCUGUUCACUCAGCUUCGAAAUCUCCAUGCAACUGGAAGAAAGAUUACUGCCGGAAAGUUUGAAGAUCUGUAA